GCUCGGGGGACGAAGAGGCCCUGGCCCUGCUCAAGCGGCAAGGCCUCCUCCAGCAAUCCGAGCAGGCACCGUUCACUUCGCGGAUGGGGCUGCUCCUGGUCUUCCCGCUGAUUGAAUCCCAGAGCAGGACAGACCCUUCCUUGUGCAACGUAACGGCGGAGGUCCUCUUGACUUGUCUCCGGGACUGCCAGCCUUUGAGUUUGACCAAGGAGCCCGCGGACUGUCUGAAUGGCAUCGAGUCGCUGCUCUGCUCCUGGCUCGAGGAAACCUCCGCUGGUGGCCAGCAGAUUCCGCACAAGCAAAAAGAGAAUGCAGCCGCUGCCCUGGUCGCCUUGGCUUGCGCAAGGGGUUCACUCAAAACAUUUGUUCACACGGUCCAUCUCCUGCAGAAACAGACUGAUUUAGGAUCCCUGCCUGUGGCGGAUGUAUUGUACAGGCUGCUGCUUUUAGAAGGUGGACCCGGAUCACCCUCCUGUUUGCUAGGGGGCAAACACAUGGUGUCCUGGGGCUUCGAAGACAUGUUGCCGGCACCUGAUGCUAACCCUGGCUCCAGCUCAGAAAAUAAAGAUGCAGACUUAGGACGCUGCCUUGCAGUAGAUGGACUUUAUCUUUAUACAACCAACUCAGUUGGCCGGGGAAUCAGCAAACUAGGAUCUGGAUUACACGGUACUUUACGAGGCUUUGUGUACUGCCGCAAUGAGGAGCUGGAAUCAGGCUGGGUGGCCUUUGGCAAUGGCAGGCUUCUUCACAGGCCUGUCUCUUUUGACAAUAAACCUCACUCCCUUUUCCAAGUCAUCGAUCAGAACACUCUUCAGGUAUGCCAGCUUCUCCCAAUGCCCCCUGAUCACUUUCCCAUAGGCAGCACCAUGACCACGGUACAUCUGUCUUCGGAUGGGACCUACUUCUAUUGGAUCUGGUCUCCUGCAAGCCUGAAUGAAAAAACACCCAAGGGACACUCUGUCUUCAUGGACAUCUUUGAACUCAAAGUGGAAGAUGGCCUCUGUGUAGCUAGUCCCCUCCAGGAGCGCAUUAUCUUGAUGAGGAAAGAGGGGGACUCAGCCAAGAGCAUUAAUGAGAUGCUUCUCAGCAGGCUUUCGAGGUACAGAGCUUCACCCUCAGCCCCCUUGGCUGCACUGAGCUCUACAAUCUCCAAUACGCUGAAAGAGGACCAGGCGGCUGCUAACACUAGUUGCGGUCUGCCUCUCAAAAUGCUACGAAAGACUCCAAUAUAUACCUGUGGGACGUAUCUGGUGAUGUUAGUCCCACCCCCGGGGGGCUCCGGCAGUUCUGCCACACGGUCUCUGUUUGGCGGAACCAGUGGCUUGUCAUCCUUGAAAAUCCUAGCUUCAAGUUUGGUGUACAACAUAUCGGAUGGGCAGUUUGCGAGCCGAGCAGACCUCAUUGAUGCUGCUGGGAGCUCACUUGGACGUGGCGCUCUUGUUCCUGGCCUAGGUGCGUGCUACGAUGCAAUGAAUAACAUGAUCUGGACAUGCUCCAACGACUAUAUUGAUCAGUGGUGCAAUCCUGGGAACCAAGCCUUUCAUUACAUCUGCCAGAGGCUAGGAGUCAGCCAUGUAAUUUUGGAACCACAAGGAGAUGCCAUAACCACAAAUGUGGUUAUCAAUCAACUCCUGCAUCACAUUGGCGCUAUGUGCAUCCAUCAACUCAACCUGCUGGCAGCCAGUAGCAAUAUGCCAGUCACAAAUUUCCUGGGCAAACAACACCCGAUCGAAGCCCAUCACCUCAGCAGCAUCUGUGACAUUAUGGAGAAAGCCAUGGUCAAUGGGGACACUCGCAUCAUACGCUGCACCCUGGUGGUCUUCCAGGUGGUUUUUAAAUUUUUCUUCAGCCCCCAAACAGAGAAGAAUCGUGACAUUGUAAGGCGAUCAGGCCUCUUGCUCUGGCAGUUACUGAUGGCACCAGUAGACCAGAUCAGCCCUGAAAUUCAGAAGGAGGUCUGUCUGGCCAUCAGUUCUGGACUAAGUAUCCUGUACCCUGGAGAAACAGAAAUUAAUAACCUACUUAAGCUGGUCUUAACUGAAGGAGACAGGAACAGCGGCCUGGCCCAGCUUCGAGAUGUGAUCCUGACCAACAUGGCUGAACAGCUCCAGAACAACAGAUUUGGCAGUGAAGAGGAUGAGCAUUGCAGACUAAAUGAUGAACUUUUGCACUACAUUCUCAAGAUUGUUGUCCGAGAAUCUUGUAUCUUAAUCACCAAGUGCCAAAUGGUCUCCCGAGAUGAAUUUCAGAGGCUUCUCUCAACUGUGCCUGCCGCCUCUGCCUGCCUGCGGUACCUCAUGGCUGUACAGAACCACCUUCUGAGUAAUACCGUUUUGAUUAAGCCUGACGAAAACGAUGACAGUGACAGCUCCUUGCAGGGAGAGACCUUGAAGGUACAGGAGCUCAAGACUAGUAUCUUGGCUUUGGCCAUGCAGAUCCUGACGGGGUGUGAUGAAGUACUGGAGAAGCUGCAGCAGGUCACCACAGCCCUGAUAAACAGUGAUGUGCCAGACAGGGAGCAGAGAUUGAAAGGCCUGGAGCAGGUGACCAAAGCUACAGUGCUCGGCCACUUGCUUCCUGUGUUGCUGACCUCCCUGAUGCAUCCGAACCUCCAGACGUUGAUGGUGGCUGAUCCUCUUAUGCCUCAGCUGGUACAGCUGGUCCUCUACACAAGCCAGACAGCCCUGUUGCUGAAAACCCAGUCUCCGUUUUUUUCUGACGCGGGCGGUUCUCCUGGAGGAGCAUCUGAGCCAAGGAGCAAACUCUUCCCCGAUGAGAGAAUGCUAGAAGAAAAAGAAGAACCUGGGUUUCUUACUGGCUUGAAAAUCCCAGCUCCAUGGGCUGCUGGCAAGACAGUAGAGACAGUUCAUCCAGUCAGGGACAACUACAAAUUUAAGGAGACGGUGCAUAUUCCGGGAGCCCGUUGCUUGUACCUGAGGUUCGACAGCCGAUGCUCCUCGCAGUACGAUUAUGAUAAGCUGGUGAUAUAUGCAGGACCCAACACAAACAGUCGGAAGGUUGCUGAAUACGGAGGCAACACUUUAGGAUAUGGCAGCCGCAGCGUCUUGGGGACUGGAUGGCCUAAAGAUUUAGUAAAGGUGGAAGGGGACACUGUCACGUUCUCUUUUGAAAUGCGGAGUGGCCGAGAACACAACACUCCAGACAAAGCCAUGUGGGGCUUCGCCUGCACUGUCCGAGCACAGGAAUCUUCCGAAGAUGUGUCUGGAGGGUUGCCCUUCCUGGUAGACCUGGCUUUAGGCUUGUCUGUCCUGGCUUGCUCUAUGUUGAGGAUCCUGUACAAUGGGCCAGAAAUCACCAAAGAGGAGGAAACGUGUCAAGAACUUCUGCGGUCCAAGCUUUUACAGAGAUGCCAGUGGCAAGUGGAAGCCAACGGCGUAAUCUCUCCAGCUCUCACUCCAAGCCCUUCCCCGCUGCCUCUUACAAUCGAUGAAGAUCAAGAGUUCACUUACCCAUCAGAUGUUCUUGUCCCACCUGUUGGUCACUAUUUUGACCUGCCCCGAAUUAGACUCCCUCCCGGAAUUAUGAUCAAGCUCAGGGAAAUAUCUGGUCGUGCUCGUCCUCAGUUUAGACCUAGCAUCAGAGAGGUGAUCCAACCAGAUGUAAUGGAAGAAAUGGUGGUUUCAUGUGUGAUCAAGCACUUGAAUCUAGUCGAUACGCUCCAGUCUCUCAUAAACUUCCAGUACCAGGAGGAGCAUGCUGAGGAAUAUGACUUACUUUGCAAAAUUAUGGGAGAAACCUUCAAGAAACUGAAUGCCAUGGAAAGACAACUGCAGAGUGUUGCUGAACUAGAACAGAAAUGGCAAAGUGAGGUGGAAGAUGCAAUGCAUGGAAAACUGGAAAACAACGUGCCCUUCUUUUACGAUUAUCACUUUAAUGAGAGCAAAAUGAAAGAAUUGGAACUUCUGUGCUCAAUGAAAGAGAUUUCUUUUGAUGGAGGUGAUCUCGAGAAUAUGGUCCUUUCACUGAGGGAGAAAUUCUUCCAGGAAGUGAACUCGCUGAUCCAGAAGCCUUUGCAUCCCAUGGCUAAGACCAAAAUAUUGGUCAAGAGCCUGAUGAACCGAGCAGAGCUGCUGCUGCACGUCACCAUCGCAGCCCAGUCAGGACUCACCAGAAGUAUUUCUGGCACCCCAGCAGAGACGCCAGCUUGCAAGUCAGCCUCGGAAACAAAGGUGAUAUCCCAUGCCGUUCGCCAGCCUGUUUUUCUCCGCAGCAUGUCAGCACCAUCUGAUCUGGAAAUGAUUGCAAACGAAGAUCUGGAGUUCACCAGGUCGAGCCAGAGGCGGCGCCACGUUCCCAGCCACAGAAGCAGUUCCUUCACUCUCCUGCAGUCCCUGGCUAUCGAGGACAGCCGAGACAAGCCCACCUACAGUGUCUUGCUGGGGCAGCUGUUUGCCUUCAUUGGAACCAAUCCUGAGCAAGCAGUAUCCAGCAGCAGCUUCCUCUUGGCUGCUCAAACGCGAUGGCGCCGUGGAAACACCCGGAAGCAGGCCUUGGUGCAUAUGAGGGAGCUCCUGACAGCUGCUGUUCGUGUGGGCGGAGUGACGCAUCUUGUGGGCCCAGUCACAAUGGUGCUCCAGGGGGGCCCACGAAUUGAAGAGCUCACCUGCGGCGGGAUGGUGGAGCAAGUGCAAGAAGCGUUUGGGGAGACCAUGACUUCGGUGGUGGCCCUCUGUGCGCGCUAUCCCAUUGCUUGUGCAAACAGCAUUGGCCUGUUGUGCACUAUACCCUACACCAGGAGCGAAGAGAAGUGCCUGGUGCGGAGUGGCCUGGUCCAGCUGAUGGAUCGGCUGUGCAGCUUAAGCAGCCAGACAGAGUCCAGCUCUAGCGAGAAGCAAACCAGGAAACAGAAGGUGGCCAUCAUGGCUUGGGCUGCCUUUCAAGUCCUAGCCAAUCGUUGUGUCGAAUGGGAAAAAGAGGAAGGGGGAUCCACAGAGGCGGUGCAUUCAGGCCUCGCUCGCCAGGUUUCUAGUCUCUUAACCAAUCACCUAGCCCGGGCCACCGAGUGCUGUGGCAACCAGGCAGCUGGGAACGACGCCCUACAAGAUGUCCUUAGUCUUCUGAAUGAUCUUUCCAGGAGCCAUAUUGGCAAAGCCAUCCUCAGCCAGCCAGCCUGCGUGUCCAAGCUCCUUUCCCUGCUCCUGGACCAGCGGCCCUCUCCAAAGCUGGUCCUCAUUAUCCUUCAGCUCUGUCGUGCUGCUCUGCCCCUGAUGAGUGUCGAGGACUGUGGGAAUGUGGAGCUGCCCCCUUGGAGCUACUCUGUGCCUUCCCUGAACAGCGAACAAGAUGAUCCCAGUGACCCAGCAUCCAAAAUUGCCUCCCUGCUCCUGGCCAAGCUGGCGGAUUACGUUGUUCCAGGAUGCCAGACUGUUCUUUCUCCAACCGCUUCAGAGCCAGAUACUUCACUAUCGAAAGCUAAUCCCAAAAGUUCCCUUAAAGGAGACAAAGAUCCAGGAGAAGAGAGUGAGGCUGUGGAUGGUAAACUUUCCAUAUUUAUUCACAAGCGGGAAGAUCAAUCAUCUCACGAGGUCCUUCAGCCGCUGUUAAGUAGUUCAGAAGGUCGGCCAUUUCGCCUUGGAACGGGUGCUAAUAUGGAGAAGGUGGUUAAGAUGGAUCGAGAUAUGACUAAAAGCUGAGGGACCUCUAACAAUCAUUCGUGCUGAGGCCACAGCGUUGGCCAAGUGCAACAGAGGCGUUUCUUUCCCAGAGCGGC